GCCUUGAUGCCUGCAGCCGUUUUGAAACUGCCGCCAGCCGCGCGGAAAGGAUGUUCACACCAGGUGGACGUCGGAAGGUGCGCACCGCGGCGGAUCCGCCGAUGCCGCCUGACGAAGCCCUGAAGAUGUUGAAGGAGGGCAAUCGUCGAUUCGUGAAGGGAGAACCUCAGGCAACCCGUACCAACGAGGGCAUGCGAAAUGCUCUAGUCGAUAUGGGACAAGCGCCGCACACCGCCGUCAUCGGAUGCGCUGAUUCCCGUGCGCCUUUAGAAACAAUUUUCGACGCAAUGCCUGGGGAUAUCUUUGUGCUGCGAAAUGCGGGCAACACCUGUACACACGCAGAAGGCAGCAUGGUGGGUAGCUUGGAAUUUAGCACCGGCAAGCUGGGUGCCCAAUUGAUUUUGGUUCUUGGCCAUACCAAAUGCGGUGCGAUUUAUGGAGCGACCAAUGCCUAUUUGGAGGCAAAGAAUAGUGAAGUUAGCAGUGUCAAUUCUGCCCUGGAGGGCCUUUUGCUGGACUUAGCUCCAGUUGCUGAGAAGGCUCUAGCGGACAUGGGUUCCAACAGUGACGCAGAGACGGUAGCUGCGCAUGCCGUGCGCGUGAAUGUUUUCCAUACCAUUGACUUCUUGUUGAAGUACAGCGCCCCAAUCCGGGAGAAAGUGAAGAAUGGACAGCUUGAGAUUCAAGGUGGAAUCUAUCAUUUGGAUUCCGGCAACGUAGAGUUCAUGGGCCGUUCGCCUUCACAGCCAGAGCUCUUGUCCUCGAAGGUGAGCAUUCCGCCCUCCAUGACUAGAGAAGGUGGCCGCACCUCUGGCUACGGCCCAGCCAUGCGCGGCACCCAUGGGGUCCGCACUGGAGCAGAUAGUGCCAUUGCAGCGGAGGAUGCCUUGAAGAUGCUGAAGGAUGGCAAUGAGCGCUUUGCUGUGGGUGCACCUUUGGCAAAACAUGCCACUUCAAAGAUGCGGGAAGCUUUGGUGAGCCAUGGGCAAGCGCCACACACUGCAGUUUUUGGCUGCGCGGAUUCCCGUGUUCCGGUUGACACGGUUUUUGAUGCCAUGCCAGGCGACUUGUUCGUGUUGAGGAAUGCCGGCAACACUUGUACGCACGCAGAAGGCAGCAUGGUUGGCAGCUUGGAAUUCUGUGCCGGAAAGCUGGGAUCGAAACUGAUUCUGGUGCUGGGACACACGCAAUGUGGUGCCAUUGCAGGAGCUACCAAGACAUAUCUGGGCAGUAAAGACGGUCCCACCUCAAAGAACGUGGGUUGUGCGCUGGAGGGUCUGCUCAUUGGUCUGUCUCGUGUGGCACAACAGGUGAUGGUCCUGGGACACACGGCCUGUGGAGCCAUCAAGGGAGCCACCAAGACCUUCCUGCAGUCCAAGACGGUGAGGCAAGCCAAGGCAGCCAGGGCCCUUGAUGCUCUGCUGCAAGGUCUCAGCGUGGUGGCUUCCAAGUCGGCAGAGGAGUUGGGACCCACCGCCACCGAGGAGCAGAUCGCCAGCCAUGCCGUGAAGCUGAAUGUUUUCCACACCAUUGACUUCUUGCUGGAGUUCAGCCCGAUGAUUCGGAAUAAGGUCUCAAGUGGAGAAGUGGAGAUCCAGGGUGGCAUCUACGACCUGGAGACAGGGCGGGUGGAAUUUCUGGGCAGAAGCCCAGCACAAGCAGCGCUGGUGCAGCGAUCAGAUUUCACCAUGCCGCCCUCCUUGUCGGAAUGAGGUCUCCACCAUGGGGCGUAUCGCGAGAACGCCUCUCUGACUACAAUUCAGUUUCACCCAGCGAGAAUCGCUGGACAGUGUUUAAACAGACUGAAGUCAAGGAAGUAGGUAGGAAUGGCUGUAAAUACGGAGGAUGUGCACUGCAGUCCCAAAUUUUCCACGCAGAACUCAUUCAAUUUUCGAAUUUUCAGCUGGCCACAAAUCUCGAAGGGAACUGAGGCUCCAUUUUCGCUGCCGAUUUUCUGGCAGCCCCUGGUGGGUGCCAGAAACUCGCCCCAGACUUCAUGGCGCUGAAAAGAAGCCGCAGUGUGAUGGAUUUUGAUUCACAACUUUGGUUUGGUUUGUUCACCGGUUGUGUUUAAAAAUCAAGGUUGGUACUCACCUUCAUAACUGUUCCCCAAAGCUUUCAGUGGGACGCUCUGGAAACCUCUUGAGGAGCUCCUGGGAACUGGCCCUGGAAUUGGUUGAAUUUGCAUUGCAGCGGUAGAUCACCGGAAGGUGUUAUUUCUUGUACAGUUAGUGUCUUGGGGUUAGAAAGGGAUUGCUGGAUUGCUGGCGUUGAACAACUUCCAGCACGAUCAUAGUGCCCGGCUACAGCAUGCAUCAUGGCAAGAGCUGC